GGCGACGGGGCUUGCCGGGAGUGGGGUGGGGGGAGGUCCCACGGGAGGCCUGGGGUCCUGGGAGCAGGUUCGGGCGACCUUCUUGCACGAUUCCGCCUUCCCCAAUUCUGGCGGAUACAGCCCCCGCCCCGGCGCCGCCGAGUCCUGGGGACACCUGGCGGGAAGGACCCCCACUCAGCGGCUGGGGCGGAGGCGAGGGAGAGGCUGGCUGCGGAGCACAAACUUGGGGCCGCCUGCAGGGGCACCUCCAGGCUUCUGCAGAGAGAACCCCCCGGCAAAGAGAGUGGAGACCUCAGCUUUAUAGGAAAUGCACAGAUACGACAUGGCUAUUCCUGUUCUUUCUCUUCUGGACUGGUUUGAUGUUCAUCACGGGCUACUCGGUGGCAGCGGGCGCCACAGGAAGACUUCUCUUUGGCUAUGACAGCUUUGGCAACGUGUGUGGCCAGAAGAACUCCCCAGUGGAAGGGGCCCCUCUUUCAGGGCAGGACAUGACCCUAAAAAAACACGUGUUCUUUAUGAACUCCUGCCACUUGGAAGUCAAGGACGUGAGGCUCAGCUCCACUGUCCUCUGCGUGGCCAGCUGUCCUGGAGAGCAGCUUGAUACCCUGGAAGAGGUCCAGCUGUUUGCAGACAACAAUGGGUCCUUCCUGUGUGUUUAUAGUUUGAAUUCCGUCAACUACACCCAGAAUCCAAAUGCAGACUCACUGUGCCCCAGGCUGCCAGUUCCUCCAAGCAAGUCUUUCCCCUUGUUUAACCGAUGCGUCCCUCAAACACCUGAGUGCUACUCCUUGUUUGCAUCUGUUUUGAUAAAUGAUGUCGACAUCCUCCAUCGAAUUCUGAGUGGAAUAAUGUCAGGAAGAGACACAAUUCUCGGCCUGUGUAUCUUUGCAUUAGCCUUGUCUUUAGCCAUGAUGGUCACCUUCCGAUUCAUCACCACCCUUCUGGUUCACAUUUUCAUAGCACUGAUUAUCGUGGGAUUGUUGUUUGUCUGCGGUGUCUUAUGGUGGCUGUAUUACGACUAUACCCAUGACCUCAGCAUAGAACUGGACACAGAAAGGGAAAAUAUGAAGUGUUUGCUGGGGUUUGCUCUUGUAUCUACAGUAAUCAUGGUAGUUCUGCUCGGCUUGAUUUUUGUCCUCAGAAAGAGAAUAAAACUGACAGUUGAACUUUUCCAAGUCAUAAAUAAGGCCAUCAGCAACUCUCCUUUCCUGCUGUUCCAACCACUGUGGACUUUUGCCAUCCUCAUUUCCUUCUGGGUCUUCUGGGUGGCUGUGCUGCUGAGCCUGGGGACCGCAGGAGCUGCACGGGUUAUUGAAGGUGGCCAAGUGGAAUAUCAGCCUCUCGUAGGCAUUCGGUACAUGUGGUGGUACCAUUUAAUUGGCCUCAUCUGGACCAGCGAAUUCAUCCUCGCGUGCCAGCACAUGAUGGUAGCCGGGGCGCUGGUCACUUGCUAUUUCAACAGAAAUAAAAAUGACCCUCCUGAUCGCCCAAUCCUUUGGUCUCUUUCCAUUCUUUUCCGCUACCAUCAAGGAACAGCCAUAAAAGGGUCAUUUUUAAUCACUGUGACAAGGAUUCCAAGAACCAUUCUCAUGUACAUUUCCAGCGCUCUGGAGGGCAAGCAGCGUGGUCCAUGGUCCAGAUGUGUGUGCAGACACUGCUUCUGCUGUUCCUGGUGUCUGGACAAAUGCCUGCGUCAGUUCAGCCAGAAUGCAUACACCACAACUGCCAUUAAUGGAACAGAUUUUUGCACAUCAGCACAAGGUGCACUCCAACUCUUGUCCAAGAAGUCAAGUCAUUUAACAUCUGUUCAAUGCUUUGGAGACUUCAUCAUUUUUCUAGGAAAGGUUUUGGUGGUAUGUUUCACUGUUUUUGGAGGACUGAUGGCAUUUAACUACAACCGUGCACUCCAGGUGUGGGUGAUCCCUCUGCUGCUCGUUGCUUUUUUUGCCUACUUUGUAGCCCAGAGUUUUUUAUCCGUGUUUGAAACUGUGCUGGAUGCCCUCUUUCUGUGUUUUGCUGUUGACCUGGAAACAAAUGAUGGAUCGUCAGAAAAACCCUACUUUAUGGACCAAGAGUUUCUGAGUUUUGUAAAAAGGAUCAACAGAGUGAAUGCAGUGAGGGCACAGGGUGCUGAGCACGCAUCGAGGAACGAGGAGGGAGCCGAACUCCAGCCCGUGGUGUGAUAGGUGCCUGUUGGUUAGUUGUCCCUUCUAAGAGCCAUUCACAGAAUAAAUGGUAAGGCUGAUGGACCCUAUUCUUUUUCAUUUUCGUCAUUGUUUAGCCAUUAGAACACCAAAAAAUACCAUAAAAGUAGAGCCUGUGCCUAAUUCAGUGGCUCCUUACAAAUAUUUAUUCACUUAGGAAUAUAAAAUACUCCCACCCGGUCCCCACCAGCGUUCCUCAGCAUGAUGCCUAGACUCUUCCAAGCUGGACUUAGGAUAAACUGGAGGCAUGUGCGUCUCCGUGGAAUAAGCAAGGGUCAGAUCGUGGUCAAAGAAGAGUCUGGAUCUUGGCAGUCACUAACCGUGUAUGGCAGGCAGGUCCUUUCCGUUUGCUAAGCCUCGGUCUCAGGCACAGAGUGCGUCGUCGUGUGGAUUCAGUAGAGCAGGGACAGGGCAGUUUAGACCAGCACCUGGGGAAAGAGGACGUUUUAAAAUCUGCCUUCACCUACCUGGAAGUCAGCCAGGAAAUAAUCAGCCUGUGGCUCGUAUGAAUGUUCAAAAAAAAUAUUUAUUUAUAAAAAAUACAAUGGGAUAAGUUUAUGCUGAGAAAUGCAGCAAUAAAUACAGUCGAAGAGCACAGAGCAACUCUACAUCGAUAACAUUGGCACAAACAGGGAGAGCGGAUGCACCGCCCAGACCUGAGCGUCUGCGGGCCGACGCUGGACGCGCUCCUUUAGAAACACCGCCGGGAAAGAUCUUGUCAGCGUAGGGAAGAGAAUGAGUACACGUAUGAUCACAAAUGCACACGGAUCAGGACUUUAUUUAAAAAUUAGCAAACAAUACUGUAGAGACAUUGAUAUGUAAAUUUCUAAAAUGCUGCGUCUUAAAUUUAGUUGGCGAAGACCACAUGUAGCUCUAAGCAUGAGUUUAGUCCUCCACGUAGAAACCAAACCAAACACUAAACUGUUUAAAAAAAAAAAAA